AAUGGUCUUCAAUACAAAUAUUUACAAUAAUAUCCGACGCCAUGUGUCGAAAAAAACAUGAUAUCCCUCCUCCCCAUUUAAUUGAAUGCCAUGUCCAGUAAUUUGCUUCUCUGUAGUGAUGUAGGAUUUGAAAACGAAAGUAGAAUAAAGUUGGGCGCCUCUAGCGUCCCGGGACAUGCUGCUAAUUCAGUGCUGUAUUCUGGGUUAAUGGGAGGGGAUUCAUGUCAUUUGAAACAAAACAGAAAGCAGCGGCCCGAUGGGAGGUAUAACAGUAUAGGAGAUGGACUGGAGACCUCCAUAAGCAAUGAAGCUAAAGGAAAGAUUGAGAGAGUUUUGGGUGAAGUGAGGAACUUUUCUGAUGUGGAGAAGUUUGUCUUGUAUCUAAAGCUUCCAACGGGAGACACAUCCUCUGAGGAUCUCCGCAGGACCCCCACCCCCUACUGUAAGCAGGCCAACCGGGUGGAGCAGAGUCUGGCCUACACCUGGAUAAAGUCACACCUUGAGGAGGAUAUAGAGAUCUGUCUGCCCAAACAGGAAGUGUACGAUGAGUACAGACAAUACUGUGAGAACCACAGCUUGGUGCCGCUGUGUAACGCCGACUUCGGGAAGCUGAUGAAGACAGUGUUCCCCAAUGUCAAACCGAGGCGACUGGGUCAACGUGGACAGUCCAGGUAUUGCUACGGAGGGCUGAGGAAAAAGCUGGAUGUGGAAGCACCAUCAUUGCCAGAAAUAGAUGUCAGUGUGUCACAGCAAAAGCAGGAUGAGAAGACAGAAGAGGACCACCUGAACCGGGCCUCCUGUGACCUAGUUUUGGAGUGGGCAGUGAAGCUGCUGGAGCAGAGUUUUAACAACAUGAGAGAGCUGGCAGAGUUCCUGGUCUCCAAUCUGUAUGUCAACAGCAAGUCUGUGUCUGCCUUCACUGUCAUAGCAGCCAUGGAGGAAGCGGGCGCCCAGAAAGUGUCGUCCAUGUUUUCCAACACGACCGGUGGAGAUAGACACCGGGAGACCCAGCUACAGCUUCAGCGGAAACUCCACGAACGCGAGCAUGUCAGCCGGCAGAAGAAGAAACUCCAACAGAUGAAGGAGGACAACGCAAGCAAGCAGAGACAGGAGAGGCAGACCCCACUCAUAACAUCACCCACUGGACAACAGGAGUUGAUGUCUCCCCGGAAGAUCUUCGAGGAGUCGGACGAUGCGGAGGUCCGGACGCACUCCGGACGGUCCCUGAGCCAGGAAUAUGGUGUCAGACCCCAGCGUCAAAGAUCCACGUCAUCCGCCAGACGGAAAAAGACAAAAUCCAUCACCCCGCAGGAGGCACUAGACAAGGGAGGGGGAACCAGUUCAGGUGAGGAAGUGUCUGUUCAUCAGUCUGCUGCAAAAGAGGACCAGCAAAUCUAUGAGCAAAGCAUUGUGGGAAGGAUGUCCGUGGAUAUGGAGGUACGGAGGAAUUCAGAGUCGGAUUAUACGAUGGAGAUGAUGUCAGUGGAAGAUCUGGUGUUGCAAGAGAGAUUGUCCAAAGAAGAAAGCUGGAAGGUGGAAGAUUUUAAUAGAGAAAGAAUGGAAGUUUCGGAGGAACUACCUGUGAGUGUUAAGACUGAAAGUCAAGUGUCCAAACCUUUGACUGUGUCUGUUACAGAAGAGCCGUCUGUUUUCAAGUUGGAUUCUAUCUGUCCAAAAACAGAUUCCUCUAUAUUAGAGGAUAAAGCUCCAUUGAGCUCAGUUUCACAAAUUCCAUGUCAUCUGUCAGAAACAUUAUCAAACCAAACCAGUGUUUACAAAGCCAAGCUAGAGUCUGCUGCAAAUCCAGUUCUAAUCAAUUCCAGUCAAGACACAGUUCUAAUCAAUUCCAGUGAAGACACACCAAUAAAUGUACUGUUAAACACGUCAUCUAACCGGAUUUCCAUUGACAACCUAGAGAAUUUAGAUUCCAAAUGUCCAUCAACACCUUCAUUGAACAAUAUCAUGUCUGUACCUAUAAACACAAUGGCUCCUAUUUCUUCCACAGAAAGCACAUCCACUCAACUCAACUUUCCUCCAAAGGAACAAGCCAUCCCCACGACUUCUGUCUCAAACCGCAGUGCAUUCGUCCCAUUUUCUCAGUUCCGUGGAAAAGAUCUGGUGGGUGGGGAUGAGCCGGAUUUCUUGUCUGAUUCAGAUGGAAGCUUGUGUCUAUCUGAAAAGGCUCAACCCAUUCUUUUCACCAAGGAUGGAAAAGAGUUCUUCCUCAUGACUCCCCGACCUUCUAAGCUAAAUAAUCCAGCAAGUGCCAGUUUAAAGGAUUCCCCAAUCCAGCUAGUCCCAACCACGACAACCAGCUCAAAUCUUCCAUCCACUCCUGCGAAGUCUUCUCCAUCAGUUGUUAGUAUUCCAUCCGAGCCCCAGUCCCCUACCACCCCCAAGAAAAACCGGUCCAGAUUCACACCAAUUCGUCCAAAAGGGUCGCCAGCAAAGACAGUCUCAUCAAUCCUGAAGGAACAGAAGUAUCCAGAAAAGCAAGACUCCGAAAAAAUUGACCGGUCCAAGUCAGUAUCAACUCUUUUAAAAGAGAAGAGAGAGAGAGAGGCCAAGCUUCAAGUGGGUGUUUCCACACCAGUGAUAUCACAAGCUGCUGUCAGUAUGUCUGGAGUUGGAGCUUUAGCUGCUUUCCCAGCCAACAAGCUACAGAGUGGAGAAGCUCCUCAAGUAAACAUUAUUAUUCUAAAUCCUGUGAAUCCUGGUCUAGGCACCACACCUGUGGUGUCCAUUUCAAGUGAUGCGGUGACAUCUGUCACCACGACACUAACCACCGUGUCGAGUCAUGGCUCAGCAGAGUGCUGUAGCUCCACAGUGGAUGUAAGUCAAAGGAGAGAGAGAAACCGCACUGAGUCCCUCUCGGAAUAUGACAUCACCAGUCCCAGCUUUGGGGAUAACCUAAACAUAUCCGAUCUCUCUGAUUCAUCCAUAGGAGAUGAGAAGCCAUCAAAACUGGUUAAGAUUAUAGACAGCGAACAAAAUGUGUCAUCAAGGCCUGGUAGUAGGUGUUCAAUGGACCGUGAAACUCCCUCCUUUUAUGGUCGAAAGAGAAAGCUGCUGAGUUCUCAGUCGAUUGAGGGAAGCAGUAGUAUAGAAAGGUAUCCGCCUAGAGUUCCUAGUAAUGAAGAGGAUUCAGAUUAUACAAUGAAGGAGGACAGAAGAGCAGCUUCAUGCAGCUUAGAUUACAAAGAGAAAUGUUCACAGAGAGAUGUUUCCAAGGCAUUUGAUGAUAAACUGAAGCUGGCGGAGAGAAGAAAUUAUCCGGAUAUAUCUGAUUUAGAAUCAGAUGCCCUGAAAGAUGCUUGCAUCCCAGAUCCGUCCAAUAUUAUCAAAAAAGGAAAAGAACACUGUAAACAGAAGCAGGAUACAGCAGUUGGAGUAAACUCCCUCUUAAGGAAAUCCCAACAGAGACUUCUUGAAGACAAGCCAAAACUGGAUGAGAGAAUGAAAACCUAUUUUCAGCAGAUGGAAACACAGGAAAGUCAGCAGAAAACAGAAGACUCACAAGGAAGCGAACUUCCGCCUGACGUGGCAGAGUUCAUCACAGACAGUAUGACCCAGUCAUGCUUGAGUGAACAAAUGGAUGCAACAGUAACCAUAGAGAAGUCAAGAACAAGGAGUUUGUCGAGGCAGGAGUCUGUGCAGGAGAUAUGUAAAAGUCUGCAAAACAUUCCAUGUAACCCUUCACCACUGCCUCUGGCCCAAUCUCCCACCAUUCUACCGGUAUCCACGCAAAGAUCUCAUUCCGCCCGUCAACUUCCGCUCGCCCUGGGGACUGGGAAUGAAAAACUGUUGCUGGAAGAUGACUAUUUCCGUAAGCCUUUAAGAUCCCAGUCUGUCACUGAUGCCUCCAAGGCUCUGUCUGACACCCAGAUUCCAAGAAUCGAAAAGGCUCCCACAUUACAGCAAAGUGCCAGCGGGAAGGAAAGUCAAAUGACUGUAAAGAAGACUGCUGGGGGAGUGGAGUUUGCAAGUCCCCAGAGACCUUUGAGACGUCAGCGCACUCCGUCGACAGAAAAUCCUAAAAAGAGGGAGUCAUCAGUAGAACGCCAUGUGAUUCAGAGGGAGUUGUCGUUGGAGCGAAACACGGCACACACACCCCACUCUGAUCCAGGGUACGGCAGUGUGGGCCACAGUCCUAUACUCCAGUCUGUGCUCGUCUCCUCUGUCUGCGAUUCUACCUACAGCUCCAUGUCCAAUACAUCAUUCUCUGGAUGUCGACCUGACUCGGCACACAGUGUCACGAGCGACGGAAUUGCUCUGAGUCCAAUGGCGUCGCCACGAUUCCAGACAUCUACUCCAUACCAUCUCAAGUCGCCAUCAAUGAUGCCGCUGAAGGAAUCUGUCCUUCCAGUACAGUCCUUUAUGCCCAUUCCCAUCCAGGGCUCAUCUCUCAAGAUGGACAACAGCUCAGUGACAUUGAUUCGACCAGUUGUGACCAUUGCAAGUCAGAUAUCACAGUGUAUGACUGUUGAGCAAGUCGUUACAGGGGACAUUAUGGGGGAAGACACCACGAGAGGACAAUCUGUCAAACAGGCCCCACCCUCCUACACUGCAGCAAUGCAAGACAUGGAGAGGAGGUCAAAGAAAGGGAAAAAGCAGGGAGCUUUCCAGUCUCCUUUGCCUAGUCUAUCUGGACCUUCAUCCACGGAAACUUUGGGUUCUAGCAAGUCAUUUUACUUCUCUGACAAGUUGGCUGAGCUGUCAAGAAAGACAUUUGCUUCUGAAAAGGGGGCAGCGACGAAAGAGAAGACCAAUAAGGACCAAAAUAUCAAGUCAAUUCUGGGUCAUCUGAAGUCUCCCAUAGACCCAAAGUAUCGGGGUCAGGUCAAGGGUCAAUCACUUGGGGAGCUUCCAGAUGCUAACUACCAAGGAAACCAGCCCAAUGUCAACAUGUUUGACAUUGAGAGCAUCGUGACCUUCAAAACCAUGGAGACAGAUGUAGACAUGGGAACCGAGGGAGAAUCCUCAGAAGUCCGGGGAAUCAAAGACCAAUCCUACGACGACCAAGUUACAUUUUCCGCCAGGCGGAAUCUGAGCCAGAUGUUGGGUCAAGACUUCAGUGGAGAUGACCUUCAGGCGACCUUGGAGGAUUUAAAGGCCGUUGAUAGCCAGUACUUUGUGGAUAACUUCGACAUUGGAUCCGAAAAACGACAAGAGAUGUAAAGACCAGUGAAGUUGUGGAAGAUUUAUGGGAGGGGGUGUCUGUUUCACGGAUUGUCAAUCUUUGAUGUGGUUUGAAUGUAUUCUCAUUGCACAAAUAAGCGCUUGGGACUGAAUGUUCAUUAGGACAUAGUUUUGUGAAUUUAUUUGUAAAAGUAGGGGAUAAAGACUGAGUUUCAUAAUUUGUAAGGAUGUAAAUUUAUUGGAGAGUGGAACCCACAAAAUCUUCAAAUGAAAGUUAAGCCCUUGCAAUGUCCAAUGAUUCCUGACUAACUGACUUUAUCCAUUUGCCUUUACCAAGGUUAACUCUAGUGUUAUCAAGGCAUCCAUCUUCAUUUUAACAUUGUUGUGGGAUCUAUGUGAGGUAUUUUUUUUUUUUGGAAUUUUUUCUUUCUGAAGAAGCUGUUGCUUACUUGUGCCAAAGGGAUUACACUAGUACUGUGUUUGUCUUUUUUUUUAAUAAUGUCUCCUUCAAACAAUUUACAUUUGAAAGGUUUUUUAAUGGAAAUAAAAACAGUUAGCUAAUUUUCAGAAGGUUUUUUUUUUAAUGCAGAAAGUCUUUUUUAAAAACCAUAGCUGGCCUUAUGAUUUUUAUAUAUGAACUCAGUACUAAAGAGUUAACUGUUUAACUACUUUUAAAAACUAUUUUGUGGUGAAAAAAAACUACUAAACCAGCAAUGUUAGUGCUGCACAUCUAUGGUGCUAGAAUUUUUUUAUGAGCUUACAGAGUUAUAUCCCUUUCUACUAUGUUUAUUCUCCUUAAUGAGACAAAUAUAUUGUUAUAUCAAUAAGGAACCUUUUAAGUAUAGUUGUCAAACACAUUUUUAUUUAUUGAAAAAUAAAUAUAAACUACCAGCAGUAUUUAAAAUUUGACAGAUAAAUUGCAUUGCAUACAUGUACCAUAUAUUUCAAACUUUUCAUUUUGAAAAAUCAAAGGAUUUUGAAUUUUCUUGUUGGAUUAAAUUAGUAUUUCAUACUGUCAGUGAACAAAUUAUCUGUUCAAAUGUUGGUAUUUUUUUGGUUUAAUCUUUUAAAUAAUUAUUGUGAUUAUAGUCUAUCAAUGCUGGUAGGCCUUUUAAACAGGAAUUUUAAAUUAUAUACCCUUCCAUUGGUUCUGUUUUGUUUGUUUUGAUUUUAUGAAUUUUUAUUUUGUUACUUAAUGAUAGUAACCUAAAUAUUUUGACACCAAAACAUGCAUUGUUUUUGAUAAUCUUUAAAAAAAUUUAAUCUUAGGAACUAUUUGUAUAAAAUGGAGAAUUUGAUGUUUCUUAAAACAUUGCUCAUUGGAGUGAUUUUUCUCUUUAAAUUUAUGUGACUAAACUUAAAAGUUUUGAAUAUCAAUAUUAUGAUUUUUAUUAAUGAACUUCCAUACAUUUUGCAUUGAAGUGUAGAUUAAUUAUAAUUUUAUUUUUUCCAAACACUGUAUUUUAAUCUAUCGGGUAGUAUUUUACACUAACUGUUAUUUUCUAAUUGAUAGAAUUUCACUUAAGAGAUGUUACUUCAUUGACUUGGUGUUUUGUUAGUAUACAAGUUAAGAGCUGUUGUAAAAAUCAUCAUUGAUUGGUUGUCUUAACAUUAUCAUUGACAUCAUAAAUGAUUUGAUUGUUCUCAAUUUGAAUACUGUAUAUAAGGUAAUAUUGACCCCUGUUUUAUUUUUGCUCCCUUUGACAGCAGGCAAAUUUCAGACAGUCACAGUGGAAUUCAACAAAAAAUCAUUGAGUGUGAUAAUUGUCCAACAUAAACAUAUUUAUUGGAUCCGGGCGAAUUCAAUACAGGGCAAAACCGUUAAAGAAGGGCAAAAAAAACCACUGCUAAAAUAACCCUGUUUACAGCCUGUAAACCCUGUUUACAGUAACAUUUUCACUGUUUAUAACAAUGUAGCGUAGAAACCUGAAAGCCAGUUGUUGUAGUUGUUGUAGCUCGAGUCACAUAUUGACGUAAAUUUGUGUUCAUUUUAUUUAUUCAGUUACAGUUUUAGCGGAGUCUAUUAACAUUAUGAUAGCAUGUUCCCAACAUGUCAUUAAUAUUAUAAUUGUAAAGUAUUCUAUUUUUCCUUUAAUUAAUAUAUUUACACAUAUAUAUAUAACGCAUGUACAAUGUAAUAUUAUAGUUAAUAUAUUAGUUGUUAAUUAGAAUCGUUAGAGACUUUGAAAUAUUAGUGCUGUUUUUAGAUUGACCUAUAUUGUGUUUGGAUGUGACCUUGACCUAUUAAUAAUGUAUGUAGGUCAUGGCUACGUGACCAGUAAACGGGGCAGGGAUCAUUGUUUUAUAUUCAUUUUUCGACGUACUCUCUCAUGAAUUUUCUGCAUGAUUUUUGUGCGGAAUCUUGAAAUCCAAAUCAGCAAUCAAUUCCAUAUGUGUAAUAUCUAACAAGAAAAAGUUCUUAAAUUGAUAUUCAUUUCUUUUUUCUUUAACAAUGAUUCCAUUUCUUUAUGGGGCAAAGGUUCCGAAACAAACAGCUCCAAAUUUAUCUCAUUUCUCAUCUUGUUGUAAAAGACUUCAUGCUUCAUCACAAACUACCAGUGUACCCAACCUGUUUACCAAUUUUCUUGCUGUUUUUCCCAAUUUCCUUUUAGAAGAUUUAAUGUUUUUAACUUAAUUUCAGUGGAUGGCCCCUCCAAGUUUUUUUGAAACAUAGUAUUAGAUGUACAAAUUGUUAACAGAUUAUAUUCCCUACGUUAUUGUACGAGUCUGGAAACAUCCUCUCACAUAUAGCUGUUCCUUUUAUUUAUCUGGCUGUUCCUUUGAUUGAUCUCACCCCCUUGUGAUUAAAAUGCAUUUAGUGUAGUUCUCAGGUGUUGCUUACAUAUAGACCAUGUUUGAUUACAGCAUUUCGCAUUUUAAAGCAUUGUAAAUUAUGACAAUAUGAACGUAAAUUAUGGCAGUAGUUGGAGCUAAUGUUCUAUGUACUAAAUAUAUUUUGAAAUUUUUCUGCAGCAGUAUUUAGCUGUCUAUAUCUAAAGUUUUAAGAGGACUGGAUGGAUGUGGCCAUUUUUAGACUAAUUUAAUCUUCGGGAGAAGAAGAGCUCUAUGUUAAUUUAAUGAUACCUGUAUAUAUAAUAGAAAAUUUUUCAAUUUUUAAAGGUUUUUGGUAAUAACUUUUCCUGAAUAGCUAAUAGUUUUAUAAAUCAUUUUGGAAAAUUUAAGGGGGAUCUGAUGUUUAAUUUGUUGACCAUCCAGCCUCCUUAGAAAUCUUUUUAUUAAUAAUUUGAUAAAAAAGAAAAAGAAUAUUCGAAAAUGCCCCCCCCCCCCCCCCCACCCAAACGAAUGUCAUCAAACAUGGUCAUAUGUAUAGUCCAACAUCCUGCUAUGUUCUACGAAUGAGAUGUCUAACUUAUUAGAUAUUUAUUGGUAAGAGAUGUACCGAUAUGUGUUAAUACCUGUAAUAAUCAUUUUGUGUUGAAACACUUUUGAACACAUAUCGUCUUCGUCUUGCAGUCUUGCUGCUUUGUAUGUAAAUUAAUGGUCAGUGUUGCUUAAUUGUGACUUGUUCGUUUCGAUUUUUUCCUUUGCAACACAAAAAGGAUGUGUUCAUGUUUGUAGUGCGAGAUUAAGAAUAUUUUGUAAUUUCUUUUUUUUUUUUUCGAACAAAACUUUAUUAUUGAUUACCUGAGGUAAUGCAUAUCAUUUUUCUUUUUUAUAUAUUUUUGCAUGUGAGAGCAAAAUUCCAAUUAUAUAUUACAAUUUAUUUUGAAACCCAUCAAUAUCCUUGGCAUUGAAUAUUCGCAUGGAAUUCUUCACACCACUCAGAGUAUAGACCAGGAGAAAUUAAAGAUUAGGGGAAAUAACUACUGGAGAAGCACAUAUUUUCGGCGGGUCAAAAUUUUAUUGUUUUUAAAACCAUACAAAUAAGAUUUGGUUGGCAUUUAAUUUCGUCUUAUCGUUAUCUCUAAAUUGUAUCACGUGUCAACUUUGAAUUCAUUAAAACUUCGGUUUAAAAAAUUAUCAUGGAUUAAAUUUCGUUGAUUUAUACUGCCAACGAAAAUAAAGAAAUUAAAUCCUCAACGAAUAUUUCUGCUUCUACAGUAUAUUAACCAUUUAUUUACCUCUGUUGUCCUCAGUGAUUUGACCAGUGUAAACCAACCAUUAGUCGUAAGAUUUUGAAAUUUUACACAAGUUCGAGGUUACUUACACUUAUUCAGUUAACUGUAAAUUAAAUUUUCGACAUUUUUUUGGUGUGGUGUUUAAAUAACGCAUAUCUUUUUUUUAAUGCUGUGUCAUUGUGGUGUAUUUUCCUCUGUUCUUUUUUUUUUAUUUUAGAAUUCCGUCCAUUUAGUUUGAAUUCAAUGAUUAUACUAGUUUGAUUUUAGUGUUUGUAAUGUUUUUGACAGGGGAAUUGAUUAAUUUAAGAUUUUAGACUUCAGUCUCUUAAUUAGAAUUCUUAAUUUGAUAUUUUUUCACUUUUUUAUCAAGGAAAAAUUUUGUGCUCCUGGGAUUUAACCAUGCUUUAUGGAGGCGUGAAAUGUUUGUUUCUUUGCUAUAAGUACACAGACAAAGUCUUUUUCUUGUAACUCUUCUAAGUGUACUUCCCUCUUUUGUACCCCUUUAUUUAAUUGUACUUGCAUUCUGUUUUUCGCUUAUUUCUUGACAAAUAAAGAAAAUGAUUACAUCAUUAACACAA